GAGAGAGAGAGAGAGAGAGAGAGAGAGAGAGAGAGAGCCAGCGCCUGCCCACUCUCUCCUACCUGUUGGAUCACACAUGGUACAGAGAGCGACCGUCAGUGUAGCCCAGACUCCCCUCGCCAUCACAGCGCCUCCCGCCCUGCCUCGCGCCCCGCCUCCGCCACCGCCUCCCACCCCACGCUCGCUCCCCCGCACGCACACUCGCGCACUCACGCCCCAUAACUCCCAAGGAACAUGGAGAACUUUGAGAGAUAAACAAAAAAGGAAAACUUGAGAGCUUCCUUAGGUGUGAGAGAGAAAAGAACGUUUAAUCUCUCUCUCGCUCUCUCUCUCUUCUUCUCUUGGGGUGUUAGAAGAGACAUUUUUUUCUCUCUCUUUCUCUCUCUCUAUCUUUCUUUGACUUUGCCUUCCUCAGGUGAAGAGACAUAGGGAAGAAGAGACAGAGAAAUGAGAGAAAGCGAAUGAGGGAGAAGAGAAGAAGAGGGAAGGAAUUGUAAGAGUAAAAACUUAAGUGUUGAAGGAAGGCAAGUGGUGACAAGUUACUGAAUCAACGUCACCACCAGCAGUGUCACCAUUACCCUUGUGGUGCUUGUACAGUGACCAGCGGCACAAGGAGGGUGGCGCGCGCCUGAGCAACAGCAGCACCCCACGUGUGGCCGCCGCCCGAAGGCUGCCAGGUCCCCGCGGGCCAGUGCCGCUCCGCGCCGCCCCGGGACACCCAGCGGGACUCGCCAGCUCGGGGCGCUUCACGCUGAUAUGACUGUGGCACGGAGGCGCGGAGUGGUCGCCGCGCCUUCCCCUAGCAUCCACUAGACCCGCGCCCCUGCGCCCGCCGCUCUAGGACGCCCGCCGCCGCCGCCAUGAACCACUCGCUGGACACCGAGUAUGACUUCAACGACACCUUCCCCCUCAACUGCUCGUACCUGCACGAGUCAGGCCUGGGGCCUCCCGACCAGAACUGCUCCCUGGGCAUCUUCAAGGGUGGCAUGUCCCCCAUUCACCUGGUGGCCAAUGUUAUCAUGCAGGCGUGUUACGCCGUGGCCUGCCUGGUGGGGCUGUGCGGCAACACGCUGGUCAUCUACGUGGUCACCAGGUUCUCCAAGAUGCAGACGGUCACCAACCUGUACAUUCUGAACCUGGCCAUCGCGGACGAGCUGUUCGUGAUUGGGGUUCCCUUCUUGAUGACCACCUCGGUGCUCGGCCACUGGCCCUUCGGGUCAAUCAUGUGCAAGCUGUACAUGAUCACCACCUCGCUCAACCAGUUCACCAGCUCGCUGUUCCUCACCAUCAUGAGCGCCGAUCGCUACAUCGCCGUGUGUCACCCCAUCAGCUCGCCCAAGUUCCGCACGCCCAUGAUCUCGAAGCUGGUGUCGCUCACCGCCUGGACGCUCUCCGCCCUCAUGAUCGUGCCCGUCUUCAUGUACUCCAACACGCUGGAAGUGAACAACCUCACCAACUGUAACAUCGUGUGGCCUGACGGGUUCGGCGUGAACGGGCAAGUGGUGUUCACGCUGUACUCGCUGGUGCUGGCCUUCACCGUGCCCGUGGUGCUCAUCUUCAUCUUCUACAGCCUGGUGCUGCACAAGCUCAAGACGGUGGGGCCCAAGUCCAAGUCCAAGGAAAAGAAGAAGAGCCACCGCAAGGUGACCAAGAUGGUGCUGACGGUGAUCACGGUGUACGUGCUGUGCUGGCUGCCCUACUGGGUGCUGCAGCUCACGCUCAUCCUCACGCCCCCCGGGGAGGGUCAGAGUCCCUUCAUGGUGGUGCUGUUCCUCAUCUCCUCUUGCCUCUCCUACAUCAACUCCGCCAUCAACCCCAUCCUGUACGCCUUCCUCAGCGACAACUUCAAGAAGAGCUUCCUGAAGGCGUGCACCUGCGCCGCCCGCAGGGACGUCAACAGCAUCCUGGCCGCCGAGAACUCCAUGUUCACGCGGCGGCGCGGCGGCUCCUCGCGGGCCCGAAGCGUGAAGACCCGCGACACGGAGCAGCGGGACGCCCACGGCCCGGUGAUCAGGGAGGAGCCCACCACGGCCAUCACCAUGACCACGCGGUACGCCCACAGCCACGCGGCCAAGGAGAACGGUAACCAGGAGACGCCCACCUCCCAGCUCUGAGGUAGCUGGCAGGAUGGAUGUUCGCCUGCCUUCUACUGACAAGGCCCCAGGAGACCAGAAGAACCUGAAGGACUCCCCUGCAGGACUCAAGACCUCCUACACCUGGGUCCUGCAGAGAGAGAGAGAGAGAGAGAGAGAGAGAGAGAGAGAGAGAGAGAGAGAGAGAGAGAGAGAGAGAGAGAGGAUAUUAUAUUUGAUGUUGUACUGAAAAAAAAAUACUUGUCUUUAUAUCGAAGUGUUGUUAUAUUCAAGAGAUAUACACGUAUGCAUUAACAUCCUCAUUGUCAUCAUCAUCGUCAUCAUCAUCACCAGCACCACCACCACGACCACCAUCACCACCAACACCACCACCACCACCACCACCAUCACCACCAACACCACUGUCAUUAUCUCCAAGCCUGCGAUCGAGGCAUCGGUGGUGGUGGUGGUGGUGGUGGUGGUAUGACCCUUGACCUACAGCUUUUUUUCUUUAGAGAGAGAGAGAGAGAGAGAGAGAGAGAGAGAGAGAGAGAGAGAGAGAGAGAGAGAGAGAGAGAGAGAGAGAGAGAGUGUGUGUGUGUGUGUGU